UCAGUCCUUUAGACAGGAGCAGAGUGCGGUUUGUCCUCCCAAAUGAAGGGUUCGACCGGCAAGUCGCCGGCGGCGGCGCCGCCCGCCUUCCGGAACAGGUACUGGAUCCUCCGCCACGGCCGCAGCGUCCCCAACGAGCGCGGCCUCAUCGUCUCCUCCCUGGAGAACGGCACGAAACCGGAGUUCGGGCUGGCCCCGCAGGGCGUCGAGCAGGCGCGCUCCGCCGGCGAGUCGCUCCGGAAGGAGCUUGAGGAGAUGGGUGUGCCGGUGGACUCUGUCAAGAUCCGGUACUCGCCGUUCUCGCGGACGACGGAGACGGCCAGGGUGGUCGCCGGCGUGCUGGGCGUCCCAUUUGAGGGUCCUAGCUGUAAGGCAACCGUAGAACUUCGUGAACGUUAUUUCGGACCAUCAUAUGAGCUGCUUUCCCAUGAGAAGUAUGCAGAGGUAUGGGCGAUAGAUGAAGCAGACCCCUUUAUGGCUCCAGAAGGUGGCGAGAGUGUUGCAGAUGUUGCUAGUAGACUUGCAGGGGUGCUGUCUAUUACAGACGUGGAGUUUCAUGGCUCUGCUGUUCUUAUUGUCAGCCAUGGGGAUCCACUACAGAUCUUUCAAGCAGUACUCAGUGGAACCAAGGAAAACCCAUCUUUCCUCGACGAUGUAGCUGGCCUGAAAAAGGAAAGCCUGCUAGUUCCGUCCGUGUUGUCGCAUCACCGUAAGUUCGCACUCAACACAGGGGAGCUGCGCCGAGUUGUGUUACCCGACGCAGAUUGAUUAUAUGCUUCUAUGUCGUAGAUCAUGUAUCCGCAAUUCCUUGUGGAAAGUCUGUUGCCCCACGCAUGAUAACAUGGGAAAACUGCCAUUCGAUGUUACCCCCUCGGUCUCUCUGUUCAGAAACAUUAAUGCAUUAUUUUGGUUGAUCAGAUUGAAGAUCUGCUUGUAACCGUGAAAAAAGAGCACAUCCACAAGAGAUUGCUUUUGAAUGUGAAUCAAUUGUAUCAAUUUUUGUGCCA